UGUAGUAUAGUGCGGGGUAAUGACGCUUGUGCUGCUGUGAACCUGUGAGCUGGAGUUGCGAAUCCAUGAAUGCUUGACGCAUAUUAUUUUCGCGACGGUCAUCGGCGAAUUGUGAUAAUCGAUAUUAUCGCUGUUCUACACUUACCUUCAUCAGUCAACCGUGCUUCUCUGUACAGUAUAGUGAGCACAUGCAGUGAUUUUCUACGACAUUUCAUCUUCAACUGCGUGACGUCUUCUGGAACGAAUUCCACUCUGCCUUCUAUACCAGCGGCAGGGGAGCACUUUGUUGCAAAAGAUGCCCUUUCCCCCCAACAACUGGCUUUGACGUGUGUGGUUAUAUAAUAGUGCAUGUCUUCAUUUUCUUGAAGUGAUUAAUAUGGCGAGCGUCGCGGAUCCAUCAGGGUUCAAUAUUAAUGAAGGUAUCUUAGCUGCUAUUGCGUUGAAAAGGCAAGGAACUUUCGAAGGAGUGAAUCGAAAAAAUUGUUGGAGAGAUUUGCGGAAGAUUUUCAUUUACGGAGAAGAUUUAGAUGACGAGGACGAUGACGAUGAGGCUGUUCCUGAGUCUGGUGCACCUGCCUUAAUCUCCAAGUCACUGGUGAACUUCCCCAUGUUUUUGUGCUCGUAACUUUGAAAAAAAAAGGAAUCCUGUAAUACAGGUGGUAGGUUGGCCGGGGAUACUAUAGUAAAGUACGUAAUGUAUAAGAACGAAAUUUCUCUGAAACUCCUGUGCAGUAAACAUCGGUGAGAUAUAAAUAUAUUUUCUUAUCAGUCACAAAACAAG